UUUUUGUUGUCAGCCGAGACUGUUUAAUGGAGGGAAACGCGUUCUUUUUUUAACUCACACACCAGAGUUCAAUACCUUUUUUGUUUGUUUUUCUUCAAUCCAUCAAAUUUCAUUUCAUUUCAUUUCACUUAACAAUCAUGGACAACACGCUGAAAUCUCCCGUGCGCUACUCGCUUCGCACGCGCACGCCAAUCAAGCCCAUAGCAGCACCCCCGCCAGCACCCCCGCCCACUGCCCGCAAGCGCGCACGCCCUGCUGCCUCCAGCAAAACGCCAACCUCCAAAAAAACAACACGAAAGCGGGCAUUUUCCAAUCCCACCAAUACCACCAAACGCAAUGCUUCAACAAAGGAACCAAGCCCCGAAACAAUGGAGACGCCGGAUGCCGCCGAGCUGUCCAGCGAAGACGAAGCAUAUACGCCGGACCAGCGCACGUCACCAGCAGCCAUGCCGCCGCCGCCAAAUGUUCGACGCUCAACAACGUCUGAUGUUCCGGUGAGGCGUGGGCCGGGGCGGCCGCGGAAGGACGGGUCGAUGCCGCAACCGCGCAACCCCCUGCGCACCCCACUCCCGGCACCUUCUACCACCCUGUCGGCUCGUCGAACCACCGGUGCUACUGUGACCUUUAGUACUGCAUCGACUCCUGGUGGUGAUUCGCGUCGCUUACCGGUGAACUUGACCAAACACGACCCGUUCAAGGUGGAGAAUCUCACCGAGGCAUCGCGUAUAAUGCAGUCGGUGGCAGUUAAUGGAACUCCAAAUGAUGAUCGAUAUGAGCUGAUGAAAAUGAGUGAUGCGUUGAAGAUGUGUGGGUAUGAAUUGGGUGUUGUGGAUCCUGGAACGGGCGCGGUGGAUGAGGUGUAUCAGAUUAUAAGCUGGGCUGUCAGAGCCGCUGGACCUAGUGGACCGACGCAUCCGCCGCCUGGGUUGAGUGAGGAAGGGAGAGGGGUUUUGUUGAAGUGUUUUGCUACUGUUGGAAGGAGGAUACGUGAGGAAAGUAGGGAUAUGGCGGCGUACCAUAGGAGGCAUGCUUUGAGGAAAUUGGCACUGGCCGAGAAACAACAACAACAGCAACAGCAACAGCAGCAGAAGGUGGAGGGAGAGAUGGAGGAUGUGGAGGCGGAGGCUGAGGGGCCGGAUGCUGGGAAAAAUAAACCCGCGCAUAGGAGGAAUCCAUUGAGAAUUCCUGGCCCGCUGGUGGAUAUUUGGAGAGAGCCAUACAAGAAGAGCCACGAUAAUGAGCCUGCUGCCGGUCAUGACUCGCAGGUUUCGGAUGCGUAGAUUAUUUAUUGACUACUUAAAAUAUUUAUCUUUUGUUUUGUUUUAUUUAUUUUGUUUUGUUUUGUUUUGUUCGGAGACUUUUUUGAAUGAGAAAAUAAAUACAUUGAGCGAGAUAU